AUGGCCACAGAAGGUGAAGAAGAAGCGAUAGCACAGCGUAUAUCACGAAUUACAGAUAUUGUCCAGGAACCGCUUGAGUAUAUCGCACCCAUUGGUGGCUAUGAAGAAAUGCCACUUGUUCCACUUGAAGAAGCUGUUGAACCGCUUGUCUGUAUUCUACCAGCUGUUCAAAGUCAUGCAUAUGUUGCCAAACAGCGAUGUGAUCGCACAAUGUUUACUUUACAGUGUCUAUCGGCUAAAGACAUACGUAGACAUUCGUAUUAUCCAACUGAAGAUGAAGUACUUCUAAUGGCUGCUACUCAAUUCAAAGUAAUUGGUUGUCUCAAUCAAGAUAAUCUCCAUAUUAUCCAACUAGAAGAAACCAGCCCGCCAUUUCCACUCUUACAACCAGUACCAGUUGUUGUUCCACCACCAAUCAAUCCAACUCUCCCCAGUAAGUAA